AUGGCCUUCCGUAUGCCCAACUUUCGUAAAAUCCCCAUGGAAUUGAUGCCUUUGGGUGUUGCUGUCGCCGCUGCUGGUGUCUUUGCUACCUUCAGUCUUACCAAGAAGUUGGUCGCUGAUCCCGAAGUGUUUGUCCAUCCCACCACUCGUCGUACUACCUAA